ACGCUCUUAUUUAUGUGCACCGCGGUCAUUAGUCCCUCACCCUCAGAAAAUAUGAAAAGAUACAGCAUUAAUCUGUGUGGGUGAAUUUCAAUGCGAUGUGUUCUUUUUAAAAGGAAAAGGGAGAGUAUUGUUUUCUAUGUAGCUUUCGGGACUAGGCUGUCGGUUCCUUACUUUGAAGUGUGCUGUUACACCCUGAGCCCAGAACGUAUUGGAAUAGCCUACAGGAGAGACCUACCGUAUGGCAUGGCAGCCUGAAACAUUUGGGAAGAAAAGGGGGAAACUAAGCAGUGUUUUUUCCCAGGAAAAAAGAAAUUGCAACUAAAACGAAACAAGUCGGACUGUAAAGGUGACUGUCGAAUAGUGUGAUUUUUGUUUCUGUGGAUAUAAAACGGAUACAUUUAGAAGACCAAACUAAUGGAUCGAUGGCUUUUUAGCGGACUAUUAAUCACCACAGAAGAAGCCUAGGCUACUUGGAAUUCCUCCCCCAUGAGAUCUGAAGAUGCAGUACUUGGGGUUGGAUGUUGAAUGGAGCAAUGUAUCCCAUUUUACCCACGAUACACGGACGUUAUGGAAUUAGAGAGAAGACGGGCAGAGAAGCUCCCCCGCUGACUAGAGAGAGUGAGGAGAUUACAGUAGAGCUCAGAGGAGGCGAACAACACACAGGCUUUCUGUUGCCUCUGUCUUCGGAGCUAUGAGCAGAGCGCUUAUGUCGGAUCAUAACGCGAGUAGCUUCCGAGAAGAUGCUCCCCGUCCCCCCGUCCCGGGGGAGGAGGGCGAGGCGCCGCCGUGCUUCCCCGGUAAACUCGCCAUGAUGAGACCCUUGGGUACCGCCACCAAAGCGCUUUUACUGGCUUCUCCCAGUUCCACUGCGAGAAGGAAUGAGGAUGGACUCGGGGAGCCCGAGGGGAGCGCGUCACCAGAUUCUCCACUCGCCCGGUGGACCAAAUCUUUGCAUUCUCUUCUUGGGGAUCAAGACGGUGCUCAUCUGUUUAGGACAUUCCUGGAGCGCGAGAAAUGCGUCGACACUUUAGACUUUUGGUUCGCUUGCAAUGGUUUUAGGCAGAUGGACCUUAAGGACACCAAAACGCUGCGACUUGCCAAAGUUAUUUACAAACGCUAUAUUGACACAAGCAGUAUAGUUGCCAAGCAGCUCAAGCCCGCGACCAAAACAUUCAUUCGGGAUAAUAUCAAGAAGCAACAGAUUGAUUCUGCUAUGUUUGACCAGGCACAGACUGAGAUCCAGUCUGCCAUGGAGGAGAGCGCCUACCAGAUGUUCUUGACCUCUGACAUUUACCUAGAAUAUGUGAGAAGUGGGGGCGAGAACCCUGCUCAUGUCAACCCUAAUGGGCUAGGCAGUUUGAAGCUGGUGUGUGGAUACCUACCCACACUUAAUGAGGAAGAGGAGUGGAGUUGUAAUGAUUUUAAAGCCAAAGCGCUGGCUUCUGUGGUUGGACUAUCUGCCAAAGCGCUGAGGGCGACUGUGUCUAUGAGGACCAUGGAAGUGAUGGAGAAGGGGUACAGACGAGGGGGUCCGGUCAAUCCAUACCACGUGGGCUCGUUUGCCCCGGCCACAAGCACCAACGACAGUGAGGUGUCCAGUGACGCCAUGACGGAUGACUCCAUGUCCAUGACGGACAGCAGUGUAGAUGGCAUCCCUCCCUUCAAGCUGGGCUCCAAGAAGCACCUGCAGAGAGAGAUGCACCGCAACAUGAGGAUGAACAGCCAAGUCUCCCUGCCUGCUUUCCCUCGGACGCAGAGAUGUCCCAUGGAGAUGACUCCGGUUGAGCCCGCCGCCUUCGCCGCUCAGCUCAUCUCCCGUCUGGAGCGGCUGAAGAGGGAGCAGGAGACCAUAAGCUCCCUGGAGGAGAGGCUGCAGCAGAUUCAGGAGGAGGAGGAGAGGGACGAGGCGGAGGUGCCAGGUAGUAGAGCACCCCACCCCCUGUCCCUCCUGCCCCCGGGAUCCAGCGACGAGGACCCCCAGGCCAUCCUGGAUGACCACCUGUCCCGCGUCCUAAAGACCCCCGGCUGCCAGUCCCCUCCGGCAGUGGGCCGCCACUCACCCCGCUCCCGCUCCCCAGAACGCAGACCCCUUCCCCGGGGAGGCCCUGGACUCAAGCCCCUGGCCUCGCCCGGGGCCUCCAGCCCCAGUGGCUCCUCCAGCUUAGGGGGAUUCCCAUUGGGCUUCACCCCAGCGAGGGCCCUGACCCUGGGCAGACCCAGCACUAAGCACAUCCACCACCACUACAUCCACCACCACGCCACGCCUAAGAGCAAGGAGCAGAUGGAGAUGGAGGCGGCCCAGAAGGUGUCGUGUCUGUGUCCCGUGCGGUCUGGAGGGACAGAAGGGGGCCCCCUGUACCCACGCAGUCGCAGCUUGGGCAGGGACUCCCCAUCAUGUGGCAGCAGCACGGCCGAGGCCAACACGGGGCGCUCCAGUUCCCUGUCCCGGCGGGUGUGUGAGGAUGGGGGCGGCGAGGUGUGGCCCCUCCAGCUGCCCUGCGACGGUACAGACCGCUCCCAGACUGUCUGGCAGUGGAUCCUGGAGAGCGACCGGCAAGGCAAGCACCACAAACCCCACAGCACACAGAGCACUAAGAAGGCGUACGGCAGCAGAGCGGCGUCCAACCAGACGCACACGUGGGGAGGCGGGGGCGCCAGCGGCCACCACCGCACCCAUCAGCCUGUCCACCCCUUCAUCCAGGACCCGGCCAUGCCCCCCCUGCCACCGCCCAACACACUGGCCCAGCUGGAGGAGGCCUGUCGUAGGUUGGAGGAGGUGUCCGUCUCCAACCCACCCAAACAGAGGCACUGUACGUCCAGCCUCCAGAGAGAGAAGAGCCAGCCGGUGCCUGUGGAGAGUGGGGUGUGUCCAGCGCUGUCACCCCUGAGCCCGGGUCCUGCCACGCACCAGUCAGAAGAACUGAAGGAGCCCAGCAGGUUUCAGCAGCACCAGGUGGCGGCAGGGUGUCGUGUUGCUCCAGCCAUGGGAAAGGAGACGGUGGUGACCUACUUCUUCUGUGGGGAGGAGAUCCCCUAUCGGAGGAUGAUGAAGACACACCGUCUCACACUGGGACACUUCAAAGAACAGCUCCGCAAGAAGGGACACUACAGGUACUACUUCAAGAAGGCUAGUGAUGAGUUUGAGUGCGGAGCUGUGUUCGAGGAGGUAUGGGACGACAGCUCAAUGCUGCCAAUGUACGAGGGCAAGAUCCUGGGCAAGGUGGAGCGGGUGGACUGAUACCACACUUGAACGACAGAAGGAGUAGACCUGAACUAAACCUACCCAAGGACACCUAAUACGCACUCUGUUGGAACAGGGACUUAUUUUUUAAGACCAGGACUGAGGACCAGAGAUGAAUUUAAAAGAAGCCUAUGAAGUAUGUAGAAAGAAGAUGGUGGAAUAGAAAAGUCCUCCCUAACCACCAGGAGUAAUGAAGAUCUGAAAUGGCGGGUCUGGAUUCUCCAUCCUUAAGGACUAAUGGUUAGGGUAUCUGAAAUGGUGGGUCUGGACCCUCCAUCCACAAGGAAUCAUGGUUAGAGUGUCUGAAAUGGUGGGUCUGGACCCUCCAUCCUCAAGGAAUCAUGGUUAGAGUGUCUGAAAUGUUGUGGCUAGACUUGGAAUGGGUUGGAUUAUGACCCUUUACCCUGGGACAGGAAACUUCUAAUACCUUAAUGCGUUCUAGAGGUAACAGUUGGGUCUGGUGCUUUAUCUGAGCCUGCCUCUACCAACACCCAUAGAUGUAGGUGAUGCCGUGUAAAGAGUUUAUACUUUAUUUAUUGAAAAUCAUGAUUGAAUAGAUUGAAUUGACUCAUACCGCUGUGGAAGGACAUGCUGCAGGAAGGAUUGGGGAUGUUGUCUCCAAUGUUUCAAAUGAAAUAACAAAUCCUGUUUCAGAUGUUUAGGUUCUGACCAAUCAGUGAUGUUCUAUGUUCCCAUUCUGGAGAAGCACCGGUAACACAGUGCUGUUUCCUGUCUUAUCUCAGUGCCUUCGUGUCGCCCCAGCUUUGCACAGGGAUAGAGCCCACACUACCCUUUGAAUAAUCCCCCAUCUCUGUCUGCAAACUGUCCCAGAGCCCACAAUACCCCAAAUUGCAGAAAUUAUGCAUAUGCAGGGAUACACCUGACAUGAGAUCCUCAUGUCCAGGCUCCAGGGCAACACCAGAGGUAUGAGUGUAUCCAUUAGACCCCACAUGGAAGACAGCAAGAAAGAACCAGCUCUAGACCUGUCCAGUAAGACAGGAGGAACAAACAGGGAGGAACUACCAGUCCUGGAUCUGUGCAAGACAUGUUUAGUUUUUCAUUGAAAAAAAGAAUGACUCCCAUUAUGUUAGUGGUGUAUGCCUGUGGUUGUGUUGAUUUGAGCAGAGCGUUCUGUGUGUAUUGUUAACCCUUUGCCAGAGGAAGAGGUUAGAUGAUGCUAACACACUAUGACAGUGCCUUCUAAAUAGUACCCUAUUCCCUAUAGGCCCUGGUGCAAGGUAGUACACUAUAUAUGGAAAAGGGUGCCAUUUAGGAGCCUGGUGUGGUGUUUAACUGAGUACAGUAGCUGUGCCUACAUGGGUAUGAACCGUGUUAUGACUCUGAUGUCAGGGUCACACUCCCUUGAUUUUCAAAAGGGGCUUAUGUUCAAAAGAGAUUUUUAUUAUUAUGCCUUUAGUAUUGUUGGAAUCAUGUUUAUUGUUCUAUAAUAUUUUACAUUACCUUUUGUGUUUUGGUUCCACUUGUAUAUAAACUGUAAAUUAUGCAUUCUAUUCUACAGAGCUCCAUUGGAAUGAUGCCUGUGUACUUAAUGUAAUUAUUAUUAUGAAGAGAUGUAGCCUUUAUUAAAAUGUUAUAUUUUUCAAAUGAAA